AUGAAUAGCCACGACCACGACCACGACCCACGACGACACAUUGGGGCGAUGUGCACGAUCAUGGUUUGUGGCCACAUAUGCCACAGACUCCUUCGUUACACUUCACAUGACAAUGUUGAGAUUCUUAACGUUGAUUCUCCUCACACUGCUGAUAACAUCAAGUUAGAAUGGAACGAUGUAUUAGCAUAUCAGAUAGAGUCAAAAUCCCAAGUCAAAGCUAUCCAAAAUUGGUUAAUAGAUUACACGUCGGAAAAAAAAGGCGUUUGGGUACAAAAGAUUCAGACGAAAGAAUCUCCCCCACCAACCAAACCUCUCAUUCCUAACGCCUCCCUCGCUCCUCCUGUCCUUUCCCCCAAACGCCGAGGGACGGAGGCAGAGAUCCACGCCGUUGCUUCACCCAUAAUCGCCAUAACUAAGGAUAAAGCAUACUACGUUACAUGGGUUAUUAUCAACCACAGACAAAGAAGUUUUCACUCGAGCAUGUGA